AUGGACACAGACCUGAUCUUAGCAAGGAUCAAGCAAGGACAACGUACACUCGAACAAUACAUCGGUGAGUUUUUGGCCAUUACUAACUACUCUACCCUCCCGGACUGCAUUAUUAUGGAACUGUUUGCUGAUGGCGUCAAUGAGCCACUAAGAGCGAGGCUGAGACGCGAGGGUCCGCGCUCUUCGCUAGUGGCUUUUAUGAACUUUGCGUUUUUGUGUGUGGGCUCGUCGUGUACUGUGGGGGUCGCGAAGGAGGUACGCGACAACGCAGACAGAUCAGCCGCGCAACCCUCUCGCAGAUUGGCGGUAACACCGGAUCACGACGCCACAAACAGGUUUUCUGCCUGGAUCGCUCGUGAAAUGGCGGCCGUAACAGAGCGUGCUCGAGCGAUGGCGGCGUCAGCACAGCCCGCGCACAAGAUGGCGGCCGCGACGGAGCGCGUUAACGCGAUAGCGGCGACAGCGGUGCCCGUUCACAAAAUGGCGGCCGCGUCGGAGCGCGUCCACACAAGGGCGGCGACGGCGGAGCCCGUACACAAGAUGGCGGCGAGAACAGAGCUCUGUCACGUCACAGCCGCCAUACAAGAGCCAUUUAAAGUUGCAGUUACAUUUCCUGAGUCAAGUCAAGUUUCCAAUUUAAGUCAAUUUACAGCUGCAUUUCCCGAGUUAAGUCAAGUCUCCAAGUCAAGCAAGAUUACAGCUCCUGUUUCUACAUCAAGUCAAGUCAGAGCUGCUCCUCCUAAGGCAAGUCAAGUUACAGCCAUCUUUCCUGAGCCACUGCACAAGAUGGCUGCCCCGCCAGAGCCACUGCACAAGAUGGCUGCCACGCCAGAGUCUGUCGCAAGGAUGGCCGCUAAGCCAGCGCCCGCUAACGCCACGUCUGUCAAGCCAGCGCCCGCUAACGCCACGUCAGCCAAACCACAGCCUGCUCAGGACAUCUCCGUCAAGCCACAGCCUGUUCACGUCAUGUUUUCUGCUCCUGGUUCUACACCCCUCAUGGCCGCACUUCCUGAAGUGGUUCCUGAGUCAAGCAAAGUCACAGUCCUGGUCCCUGAGUCGAGUUACGUCCUGCCUGAAGGCCCCGAGCCUCGCCAGGUCUCAUUCGACAUUUCAAGAUCACAGCCUAUCAUGAUGGCCCACCUGCUGCUGUCGUUCCAGAGCCAAGUCAAGCUUCAGCCGCUGCUCCAGAGUCAAGUGAGGCUACGGCUGUAGCUUCCAAGUCCAGUCAAGUUUCCAAGUCCAGUCAAGCUUCCAAAUCCAGCAACGUCAAGGCGAUCGUUCCUGCGUCAGGCAACGUCAGGGCCGUGGUUACUGAGUCAAGUAAAGUCAUUGCUCUUCACAAGCCAGUUCAAGACACCGCUGAUCUCCAUGAGCCAAGUCAAGUCACCGCUGAUCUCCAAGAGUCAAGUCAGCUGACUACUGAGCUUCACGAAUCAAGUGAAGUCACGGCCAAUCUCCACAAACUAAGUCAAACCACAGCUGAUAUUCAUGUGCCAAAUGAAGUUAUUGUUGCUGUUCCAGACUCAAGUCACGUCUCGUCCGACCGCCCAGACUCAAGUCACGUCUCGUCCGACCGCCCAGACUCAAGUCACGUCUCGUCCGACCGCCCAGACUCAAGUCACGUCUCGUCCGACCGCUCAGACUCAAGUCACGCCUCG